AUGGAUUUUAUGAUUUCACACUUUUGCGAUGAGCAAAAUCAUCAGCCUGUUUAUAAAACGAGGAAAAAGUCAAUGUGUGACGGGUCUGGACCACCACUACUAAGCACCUCACUCCCAGACGAUGAAAAAUAUAUUGACAAUAGAUUGCCACCGGAAACCGAACUAGGCAAUAUUGAAUAUAAGGCGAAACUAGUCAAUAUGUCAGAAUGUCGAAUUCAACAUCUUAUCACUCAGAUGAAAUGGAGAUUAAGAGAAGGUCAAGGUGAAGCGAUCUACGAGAUUGGCGUUGAAGAUGGUGGAUUAAUGUCUGGGAUGACCGAUAUGGAGCUCGCAGAUUCUCUGGCGACUCUUCACAAAAUGGCAAAAGCUUUGGAUGCAAGUAUUUUCAUACUCACCGAGAAAGAUGUGACGCCGAAGGGUUCCAACAUUCGACGGACCGUAAUUGAAGUACUUGUUAGGAAAGUGCCAGAAAGCCAACAAUUCAUUGAGCUGAGACUUGCCGUUGUUGGUGGAUGCGAUGUUGGAAAAUCGACACUCUGCGGAGUCUUGACUCAAGGUUGUCUUGAUGAUGGAAAAGGAAAAGCUCGCUUGAACCUAUUCAGAUACCCUCACGAAGUGCGAACCGGCAAAACAAGCUCGGUUUGUGUUGACGUUUUCGGAAUAGACAAGCGAGGAAAAUGCCUAAACUAUGGUCAGAACAGCCUCGAGGAGAUGGUUGAGAAAUCGGUGAAACUGAUUUCUCUCAUUGAUUUGGCUGGUGAUGCGAGAUACUUGAAAACGACGAUCCACGGAUUAUCUGGAUAUCGGCCGCAUUUCACUUGCUUGACCAUUGCGGCCGAUACUGGACCAACAUCAGCAACAAAAGAGCAUUUGGGUCUUGUGGCAGCUCUUAACAUCCCAUUGUUCGUGCUAAUCACCAAGAAAGACAUUGUGGAGAAAGCUACACUUGAAAAUGUAAUUAGAGAUGUCGCUGUGCUUCUAAGCCGCGCCGGAAUUUUGUCCGAUGGAAAGCGUGUGAAAACCAAACGAGAUGCUGUCAAAGCUGCUCAAAAAUUGUGCGAGAAAAGCAUCGCGCCGAUCAUUUGCGUUUCAUCGGUGACCGGCGAAGGGUUUCGUCAACUUCGGACACUUCUCAACGUUCUCUCUGCAGCUGGAACAGUUGAAUCGCGUUUGAAGCUCGCAAAACUACCGGCGGUGUUCACUAUUGAAGAGAUGUACAAUGUGCCACAUGUCGGACAAGUGGUUGGCGGAAUGUUGUCGGAAGGCCAAAUACACGAAGGCGAUGAUGUGAUUGUCGGACCAUUGAAAAAUGGAAAAUUUGUCAGCGCUAGCGUUGGUUCGAUUCGCAGAAGUCGUCAGGCUGUGGCGUGCGUGAAUCCCGGAGAAGCUGCGUCAAUAUCGAUCAAUUUGCCGCCAGAAAUCAAUUUGAGACGGGUAAUAUUGGGAAUGGUGAUUGCUUCUCCCGGUGAGCCGCCGAUGGUUUGCUAUAGAUUCCAAGCAAAUAUUUUGCUUCUGUACCAUUCAACAAAAUAUAUUUAUGAAGGAUUCCAGGCGACAGUUUUUAUUGGAUCUGUUUGUGGCACUGCGACCGUUGAGAAUAUUGAAGAUGAUGAUCGUGUUGAGCUCGGAAAAUGGUGCCGCGUGCGAUUCUGUUGGGCUUAUCAACCUGAAGUCAUUCGUCAAGGAAGCCCGAUUAUAAUUCGUCAAGCAAAGACCAAAGGAAUGGGCGAGGUUCUUGAAGUGUUCCCAAUGGAGUGA